CUCUCAAUAUGGAAUCGCUGGUCAAUUUUCAAAGUGGAAUUCAACGAUGUUUGGACUUUGCCUACCACAUGUAUGGACGUACAAUGGGCACUCUUGAAGUCAAACUGCGUGUUGAUGGAGUCCUGCAAAGUUCGAACCUGUUUCAGAAAAUCGGCGACCUGGGUAACCAAUGGUUGGUAGAAAAACUGGUUAUUCCAAAGCAGAAGGGCACCUCCUAUAAGAUAGUAUUUGUGGGUAUCAAGGGAUCCUCUUAUACUUCGGACAUAGCAGUCGACGACAUUGUGGUGGAACCGUGUGGAAUUAAUCCUGUUAAGAGCACUCCCAAGCCAGUGAUCACGAAAGCUCCGCGCCCAGCCACAACAAAAGCUCCGCGCCCAGCUACAACACCAGCUCCCCGCCCAGCUACUACAAAAGCUCCGCGCCCAGCGUCAACAAGAACUCCGCUCCCAGCUUCAACACUAACUCCCCGCCCAGCUACUACAAAAGCUCCGCGCCCAGCGUCAACAAGAACUCCGCUCCCAGCUUCAACACUAGCUCCCCGCCCAGCUACUACAAAAGCUCCGCGCCCAGCGUCAACAAGAACUCCGCUCCCAGCUUCAACACUAGCUCCCCGCCCAGCUACUACAAAAGUUCCGCGACCAGCGACAACAAAAGCUCCGCGACCAAUGACCACCAAUGCGCCACCAGUCCCAUACAAUGACAAACCUAUUAUGGUUUACACUCGGCCACUGAUGUGCAAUUUCGAAGAAGAUCUUGAGGACUGUUUCUUGUCAAAUUCUCGCGAUGAUCGGACAGACUUUGUUCGAACGGACUCUUGCUUUGGGACGACCAGCCCGUGCCUUGACCACACUACUGGCAAAGGGUAUUAUCUUGUGUUUCGAGCGGAAUUUUCGGUCCCCGACGACCAAGGAAGUUUGAAUAGUCCUUGGAUGGUAUUCGAAAAAAAACAAGUUUGUUUUGGAGGCUUCUUCCAAGGUGCGGGAGCUUCCUCGGCCAAGAUACUGGUGCAGAAACUGGACUACAAGCAUGUAGAUAUUGAAUAUCCGAUGACAAUUAGCUGGCAAUGGGAGGAGUGGAACACCACCAUAACAAUUUCGGGCCCGUUUAGGAUUGUACUUAUCGCUAGCUCACAUGGCGAUGACACUGCCUCUGUGUCCGUGGAUGAUAUGUACAUCAGCCCAGGCAAAUGCAAUAAGACACCACGACCAGUACCCACUACUGCCCGCCCAGUGACCAGCCGACCAAGCACGGUCUUCCCAAAACCGACAACAAAACCAAAUGCAUUAUUCAUGACUGACUUUGAUGGGAAUGGUGGUGACUUUCAUGAUGAAGUUGGGUUCUUCAGUUGGUCCGCAAACAUAGGUGAGACGCCUUCUCGUGGAACAGGGCCAGCAUCUGACCACACCACUGGUGCUGGGAGAUACAUGUAUGUCGAGGUAUCUACACCAAGGAGAACUGGUGAUGUCUUCAAAAUGGUUUCAGAUGACGUUCAGACCUCUACCGACUUCGUCUGUCUGACAUUUUGGCUAAGCGCACAAGGGAGGCAUCUUGGCGAAUUUCGAGCUCAAAUAGUGGAUGCACACAGUUAUAAUAUCUAUGAUGAGGUCAUCAAUGCGCCCUAUAGUCCAGGCAACACCGAUUGGACCAUGAAAUCUCUGCAAGCACAUGUGAUGAAAGGAGAAGUCCGAAUCGUAUUUAUAGCCACGAGAGAGAGGUGGAGCGGCGAUUAUGCUGUUGAUGACGUCACCCUGAAAGCGGACACAUGCCCGAGUGUGUAAAUGCGGUUCCCGAUCGUUCCGCCUACACGAUUUACAUCCACCAGUGGGCUCUUGCUAUCAAUCGGAAAAUCACGUCCAUACAUAGUGCACGGUUCCAAAAUGGCGCCGGGGUGACCAGUAGCCUCCACAAUCCUGCUAUCUGCUCAAACAAUUGUGUACAAUAAAAUCUGCCGGGAAACUCUUUUCGACAUUCCGAUCUACCGGGGUUGUGGGUCGGUAUCCAUCCUUCUCCUUGAAAGGAUCGACGCACACCGCCGAGAGGUCGGCAUGUCUUUUGAUGACAUCCUUCGGAUUCUUUGUGACCUGUUAGUGCAAUUGGUUACUUGCUUGUACUCUUAUUUCCUUGUCUUAAUUCAAUGCGCACGACACUUUAUCGCGACCUCUUCACAGGCUGGUUGUAACUGCUCGCAGAUACGUUCUGUGUUCUUGACUCUAAAAGAUCCCACGAGGGGAACUAUUACCAUUGAACCAAGUACGUGAUUUCUGUCUCUACGUUUGAGCUGGUUCACAAAACUAGAGAUUAGGCCGGGAUUUUCCUGUAUUUCACUCAAAAGCAUUUGAAUUACUCAUCAUUAACCUUGAUGGAACUUGAAAUGGUUAGAACUUUUCUUUUGUCACCAAUUCUGUAAAGAAAAAAUUAUGACCUAUGAAUAGUAUUUAAUUGCGGACAAGACUUCGAGGUUUCGUGUGCUUAUACCCAUUCGAUAAUAAUAAUGAUAACACUUGAUGGAACAGUUAACUUUUUAAAAUAAACGCAAGAUAAUAAA